UUCCCGCAGACCACAGCGAGAAGCCGGUGCGAGAUGACGACAUGUGACUGUGCUGCUGCAGCCUGUGCUCGCUGAUGCCAUCUUUGCCCAUUGCAUACCUUAGAGCGCAUCCGUUCGUAGGUGGAAGCUCCGCGAGUGAAUGAAUCGUUUAUUGCGUCGCGGUGAUGCUGCUGAGCCGAUACCGACCGUGGAGUGCUUCGUGUUGAGUGUUGUUGAUAUUAGAAUCUGAAAGUGCUCUUUCCUGCGUUGUUAUUUUAUGAUAAUACCCGAAUCGUUUUAUCUGUGAAGUGCGACAAGUCAUCGUGGAAAAGUGCUAUUGAGGUAUGCAAAUUGAAGGGGGCAAUUGUCGCCUCUGCUAACAUUUUGCCGCUUUACUUUCGAGCGCAGCAGUUUGUUUGGGAGCUAGAAGUGCAGCUCUAUACUCGAGCGUCAUGUGAGUGUGCGAAAAACAAGAAUGCUUGUUUUGCCCUUGUCUGGCAAUCAUCGGGUAAUAAUAAUGCCAUCACCCACUGUGUUUUGCUAGAAACCCCAUUCCCGGACGCGGAUUAUUUAAUUGGAUUAGUUGCUCUCACUAGAAGUUAAUGAGUACUGUAGUGUAAACAUAUGUAGUGAAACGGAAAUUGUGUACAAUUGUUUUCCCCCAGAAGGACAUCCCAGUAUCGUUUACCAUUUCGGAAUCCUCCACUCCAGUGAGAUAGCCGUUCCAUUUCAUAGAGUACCGACGUAGUAAAAAAACAUCCGAAAUACGCAGUUUCUCACUGGAACGUCUGAGAGAAGGGCAGACAGCAGCGUACGUAUCCCUACCUUACCCACUACCGCAAUAACGACAAGAUGGCAGAUCAGACCACUGGCCGGCAGCUGCAGCGGAUCCUCCACUAUUCCGUGACACCCUGCCGACCGCUGCUGGGCCUGCGACGCUCCGAAUGUGCAUUAUACGACGUUGACUGUGAUGAAGUUUACCCUAGGCUGUACAUUGGUGAUGCGGCAUCAGCGAGGAACAAGCAGUAUUUACGAUUGAUUGGAAUCACACACGUACUGAACACGGCCGAAGGAACCCGCUUCGGGCAGGUGGACACUGGGCACAGCUACUAUCGGGACAUGUCCGGGGUUAGUUGUACUUUCAGGUACAUGGGCUUCCCGAUGCUGGACCAGCCGACGACGGACAUCAGCCGGUACUUUUACAUCGCGUCCAAAUUUAUCGAGAAUGGAAUCAAUAGCGGAGGUAAAGUGCUGGUACACUGCAUGGUGGGCAUGUCCCGCUCGGCAACCUGCGUCCUCGCUUACCUGAUGAUCGCCCGCAAGAUGUCCGCCGCCGAAGCGAUCCGGACGGUUCGCAUGCACCGCGAUAUCCGACCGAACGAGGGCUUCCUCCAGCAGUUGGCCGACCUGGACAACGAGCUGAAACGGGACCGGUUGUACUAUUGACUCGAGUGUGGACAACGCUUCCGGAAAAAAUAACGGUCCCGGACAAACUAAUCCUUACUUCCUUCUUCUUCGCCAUUCGAUUCGACCUCUAAAUUCAUUUCUUUUUUGUUAUUGUCAUUUUGAUCAUGUUUAUCAUUAAUUACUUGCUCUGGUCAGGAAAGUUGCCGGACAAUGAAGGUUAUCGGAGGCUCUUUUUUUAGCAAGCAACAGAGAUUUAGAGUUGUGUUUGAAACAGAUGACUGUAUCAUGCAAAUAUAGUCAUUUUAAAUAUUUGAGCAAAAAGUCAGGAUGUGGUAAAACGAUGGCAUGAUCUCAGCUUCAUUUACAAUCGACAAACCAAAAAUACCUAUUCACAAUUUAUAUAUUCAUAUGAAUAUUGUUAUACAUUGCGCUAUAUUUGAUUUCGUUAGAAGAUCACUAAAGUUUACUGGCAGGAAAAAACGAAUCAAUCAUAAUACGAUAAAGAAUAUUCCAUAGCAAAAAAAAAUCAUGAAUAUGAUGAUACAUAACAACUUGUCACACGAUGGUAGUGCUUUAUCGACCACAGACAGUAGCUGUCUGCUCUUGUUAUAUAAAUGCUAUUAUUUAUACAACCACUCAUAAUGUUACAUUCACAUACACUCACGUAAGAACGAACGUAUUGACAUUCAAAAUAGAGUCGAAAAACAUGCAAAUGAAAAGAAUAUAUAUAUAUUUGGAUCUUCCUUCAGUAGAAGAAGAAAUAGCCAUAUACAAACAACUAGCAGGGGAUAAGAGAAAUCCCUACAAAAAAACUCCAAUCGACCCAGAACCCAGUAACCAGUGACAAGCGGGAGCACCGAAUCAAAGGAUUGUUUUUUUUUAUUAGAAGAUGUAUAUUUUCUGUCGGGUUAGACGAACCAAAGGUUCACGUUUUGCUGUUUUCUUGGUUCGGAACCAAAAUUGUAGAUCGAAAAUAAAUUUAACCGAAAGAACACGUUUCAGACACAUAGCACAACAAUAUUUAACCUUCAGUGAGAUGUUUAACAACAAACGACACAAGUAAAGUUUCGAAUGAUAAACUGGCGUUAAGAAUUAGAAGCAUAUAUUGAGAGUAAUAAAAUAAUUUUAUUGAACAGAUGAAAUAUUACAUUAAAAAGAGAACAACCUGAAUAAAAGAGCAUUACAUUUUAA